AUGGCCGGCCUUUGGUGGGAGCUCGCGGCUGGUGGUGUGGACAGUACAAUUCCGGGAAAUGGUGGUGAAGAAUGCAUGACAUAUCUUCCCACAUGGCAACGAUUUUGCGAGACGAUGAUUAUCGUUCCGUUAGCUAUCAGGACAGUGCUUAGCAUUGUGCCAAUCCUGGAUUGUUCGUUCAGCUCUAGACCGAAAAAUGAUUCUCGAUAUGCUGUUCUCACUGUUUAUAGCAUUAUUUUCGGAGCUGAACUCGCUUUUAAAAUGAUUUCGAAAACUGGUAUCUUCCUGUUAAAUCCAUGCCACAUUACUACUGCAAUGCAAUUGAUUCUUCUGACUAUGGAUGCUAACGACAGAAAGGCCUGCUUUCUGUUCCGUUUUCACAUGUACUUUAUGCCAGGAGCGUUUUUUGCACUUGCGUUUCCGAUUCUCAACACUAGAAUUCUUCCUGGUGAAGUGUUCGUCUAUUAUGCGCAGCAUGUGGCCAUAUUACUCGUCCCCAUUUACCUAAUGUACUUGAAAGGAGCAUUUGAGCCUGAAAAAGCGUACGACUACAAUUGGACAGUUUUUGGUCUAUGCAUUUUCUUCCUCUACCACUUCGUUGUACUCCAAGGGCUGGCGAUGUAUUCACGGGUCAAUCUCAACAAUAUUAUGUGUCCCGCCAUCUCGGAUCCGUUCCAGUGUAGGGCGUAUCGAGUGAUUGCUUGCGCACAUCAGACUCUCCUCAUUCCAAUAAUUACUAAAACUUAUUCAGCAAUCGCUUACUGUGUGAUUGAGAUUUUCAACGGUUUGUUUCCUGAGAAACAAAUCGAUAAAAGUGAAUGGAGUUCUAGUUGA